UCGAUCAGCUGUUAAAAUUAAAUUAUAAGCUUUUGCUGCUUAAUUGCCGGUUGAUUAGGCGCUCGGCGGCAUGUACAACUCGGCCAAGCAGCUGCAGCGCGUGCUGACAGCGCGCGAGAUCCGGAAGACCUUCCUCGACCACUUCACCGUCAACCAUGGCCACAAGUUUGUACGCUCCAGCCCGGUGGUGCCGUUCUGUGAUCCCACGGUGGCUUUCGUCAAUGCGGGCAUGAAUCAGUUCAAGUCGGUGUUUUUGGGCACGGCGGAGGCGCCCCACAAGCGGGUGGUCAACUCGCAGAAAUGCGUUCGGGUGGGCGGCAAACACAACGAUCUGUCUGUGGUGGGCACGGAUGGCUAUCAUCACACCUUCUUCGAGAUGCUGGGCAACUGGUCCUUUGGGGACUAUUUCAAGCGAGAGGCCUGUGCCAUGGCUUUGGAGCUGCUCCGCGGUCCCUACAACAUUGACCCAGGACGCUUGUAUGUAACCUACUUUGCCGGCGACAAGGUUCUAGGAAUUCCAGCCGACUUGGAGUGCUUCGAGAUCUGGAGGAGUUUGGGCUUUCCCGCCUCUCGCAUCUUGCCCUUCGGCUGCACGGACAACUUCUGGGAGAUGGGCGCCACUGGGCCCUGUGGCCCCUGCACUGAGAUCCAUAUAGACCAUCGUCCUGAUCUUGGCAGUGUGGAGCAGCGUGCCAAGCUGGUCAAUGCGGGUAGAGCUGAUCUCACAGAGCUGUGGAAUCUCGUCUUUAUACAGUACAACCGCCUGGCAGACGGCUCUAUAUCGGAACUGCCCGCUCACCAUGUGGACACCGGCAUGGGCUUCGAGCGGCUGACUGCUUUACUGCAAAACAAGACGUCCAACUAUGACACGGACUUGUUCACGCCCAUUUUUGAUGGCAUACAGCAGGUGGCCAAGGCUCCGGCUUAUGGCGGCAGUUUCUCGGCAGGAGCCUCGCUGGAUACCAACUACAGAAUUCUGGCGGAUCACGCACGAAUGGUCACCGCCUGUCUGGCCGAUGGAAUGCUUCCCGAUCAGAAUCAAAAACUGCGUCGUGUGCUGCGAAAGGCUCUCAACAUCUCCGAUCAUGUAUUUGGUCAUGAGAAGCUGCUGGCCCAACUAGUUCCUAUUGUGGUGGAGACGCUGGGCGAGGCCUAUCCAGAGAUGUCCUCCCGCCAGCAGGCUGUCGUUGAUCUUAUUAACCACGAGCAAGAGGUGUACAACAACCUGCGCGAAAGUUCUUCCAAAGCCUUUGCCGAGGUUCUAACCGAAUUUCCCAACCUGGAUGACAUAGAUCUGAUGGAGUGUCCCGGCUUUGUGCCCGCCUACCGGGAGUUUCAGGUGCAGCGCAGCAGGUUUCCAAAUAACACCAUACCAGGGGACUUUUUGUACAAGCUGACGGACACCUAUGGCCUCACGGAAGAGAGCUUUCUCAAGCUGGCCGAGCUGGAGAACAUGAACUGUGAUCUGGAGCGCUACAGGGCAGAGGUUUCGCUGGCCAAGAUGAAGGCCAAGAGCGGUCAAAGGGAAAACGGGGAAGAAGAAGGAGUACUCUGCGAUGUGGUUAGUGAGCAACGCAUUGCCGAAGCCCAGGCGAAGCUAACGAAGCGUCUGGCAGCCACCGACAACAGUCAAAAGUACGCCUACACCUUUGACAAGGAGAGCGACUCCUACAGGAUUCCGCCGCUGAGGAGUCGCGUGGUGGGAAUGCUUCUCAACGAUGCAGAGGUGUCCCGGACCCAAGCCAGUCGUCUCCAAGAGCCCUCUACCGACAUAAUUUCCCUUGUCACAGCCUCUAGUAACUUUUACUACGAGUCUGGGGGCCAGCAAUCCGAUGAAGGAACGAUUCUUGUGCGGAAUCAGAACCAGCCAGAGCAGCCUCACCUUUUAAAGGUGAUCUGCGUGAAGCAUCUCAACGACUGCGUGGUUCACAUGUGCAGGCUAACCUCCUCCCCCACAAACGAAGCCUUUGAGCUGGCCAUUGGAGACGAAGUGGAGCUGCAGGUGGACGCCAAACAGAGGCAGCUCAACACUUGCCAUCACACAGCUACUCAUCUCUUGAACGCUGCUAUCCGCUCGCUGUUCAACAAGGUCACCUACCAGGUCUCCAGUUCGGUGACCAGCGAUCAGUGCAAGCUCGAGGUGGGACUGCUGGGCAAGCGCAUACAGAAGAGCGAUGUCCAGCUCAUUGAGGAUCUAAUCAACCGCAUCAUCUGCUCUGCCACACCUGUUAAGGUGGAGCUCUUGAGUGCCGCCCAAGUCCUGCAGCAGAAUGACAUUACCAUGGUGCCUGGGGAGGUGUAUCCAGAGCAAGGACUGCGUCUAGUCAAUGUGGAAAGCCAAGAGCUGCAGCUGAGCUCCAAAGAGUUGUGCUGCGGCACUCAUGCCACCAACACCAGCGAGCUUUCCUGCUUCUGCAUUGUCAAUCUCAAGCAGACCAAUCGGGCGCGCUUUGCCUUCACCGCUGUGGCUGGCCAGGCGGCGGAGAAUGUUCUCAAAACCGCUGCCUUGCUGCGUCAUCGCGUGGAUCUUCUCGAGAAGCAGUUCCAGACCGACAAGAUCACCAAUGCCACCGAGGCGGAGCUGCAGACCAUCCGCCACAACAUGCUGCACACAGAUAUCAAGCUGCCAUAUGCCUUCAAGAUGGACACUUUGGAGCGUCUCAAUGAGAUGCUCAAGAGAAUCAAGGACUCUUCGCGCACAACUCUGAAGGAAUUUGUGGAAGUGGAGAUGCGCAACCUUCUCCAGGAGAAGCCUCUCGCCAGCCACCCCUUCAUUCUGCACUAUAUCACUAGCUCCGCCCUGGUGGAGGAAAUCCCGCUGCAGCGUGCCACCAAACUGUGUCCGGAUCGACCCAUCCUGGUGGUCAGCAUGUGCGACAGUGUGGUCAAGGCGCGCUGCUGCGUGCCAGCCAGUUGUAUCGGUGACAAAUUCAAUGCUUCCAGCUGGCUGCAAUCCUUCGCUGACACUUUUGGUGGUCAAGUGGCCUCGCCCAAGGGUCAGGAUCAUCGGUUUGUGUGCAACAUGAAGGGCCGGAGAGUCAGCAAUUUGUUCGAGGAGCAGCUGGAGCAGGCACUGGCCCAGGCGAACGCCUUCGCCAAGCUUUAUCUGUAGGUUAUAGCGCUAGUUGUGAUUAUAUCGCCCUCCAAAAAGUGUGAGAGCUUAGAGCUUAGCUUUCCCCUUUAAUGUUUUCUAUUGUGAAUAAAAUGCGGAAACUGUUUAA